AUUUUUGAAACCUUGUAAGCAGAACGCCAUGACGGCAAAUGUCUAUUCGCACUUGACGUUUAAUCAGAACAUGACAUUUUGUGAAUUUAAUUCUAACAAAUGGCAGAUUCUUUUUUCGGAUUUAAUACAACACACGGGGAUGGACUUUACGGCCCCUUAGAUGAUGAAGAGUUUGGUGAAGAAGAAAAAUACGAUGCACUUAAUGAUGAAACAUUCGGUUCUGAGGCACCAGUUGGCGAUUGGGAACAAGAUCAUGAGAAAUUAGCACAAAUCACCGAAUCCUCGCGACCAAGUCAUCAAAAUUCUUUGGUUAAAACAUCUAAUUCUUAUCAUAAAAAUGAUGCAGAAGUUGAUAUUGAGAACAGCCUGUCCCAUUUGGUGUUGGAUGAGAAGGAGGGCAUUAUACCGCGACCGGGAGUUUGGGAUAGUCCAGCAAAUCUUCCUUUACCAAAACCAAAACCACCAUUGCCAACUGCUUUGAAAAAAGUUUGCACAGUUGAGGAAUUGGAACGUGGUCUUAUUGGCAAUAGACCUCCGCCUGGAAUUAAUAAACUACCUCAAGCUCCAACGCAACAAGGUGGAUUUUUCGAUUCAAUGCCAAUUAAUGAACAACUUCAAUUAAAUGGCAUGCCACCACGAUUUCCGCCAGGUCUACCAUUACCUCCACCGCCACCGGUUAUGCUUCCUCCAAAUCUUAGACUGCCACAUCCACAAUUUAUGCCAAAUCACAAAAUGCCCAAUCAAGGAGGCAAUAUGUUAAGAUUUCUCGUACCUCCACAUUUAAUAAUACCACCUGGAGGUCAAAGGCAUCCAAUGCCUGGAAAUUUUCCCAUGGGCAAUUUUCCCCCAGCGCCUAAUCCAAAUGUGGGAUCAUUGCAGUUUAUGCGACCGGAUCAUCCAAUGAUGCCAUUCGUCAAUAAUCAGACAAAUCAACAAUUUAAACAUCCAUUGCAUUCGGCUAAUCAGCGAAAUCAAAAUAGGCCGUUUCAUAAUAAUGAACAACAGAAUCAUCAACCUUUCUUUAAAAAUAAUCAACUUCCGUAUCACAAUCACAAUCACAAUCAUAAUCAUAAUCACAAUCACAAUCAAAAUCACAAUAAUCAACGUUUCCAUCAUUCACAUCAUCACGCACAAGGUUUAAAUGGAUUAAAUGUACCAAGGGAUUAUGAUGAAUAUGCCGGUCUUAUGAGUACACGUGAAAAACAAUGGUUAAAUAAUAUUCAACUUUUACAACUUAAUACUAAUCAGCCUUAUGUCGAUGAUUAUUAUUACACUGUUUUUUGUGAUCGGCAAAAUAAAAAGAAUGAGGAUAAUAAUAUUGACAGGAAACAUCGUAACGGACAUCAUAAAGAUUCCAGGGAUAGAGAGCAAACACAGCACACUUUUGUAAAAGUUGUUUAUACACCGAUGCAAUUUGAAAAUUCAUUGGGAAAACUUCAAUGUGGAAGUGUAACGGCACCGCGAAAAAUUAUUGACAUGGAUAUUGUUCCAAAUAGUGAUCCACAACAGGCAUUGCCACCUCAUCAGAAAGAUACUAAAAAAACACGUCAACUACUUCUUGAAAUAGAGAGGCUGUACAUUUUGCUGUUGAACCUCGAAGAUGCGAAUAAUCCGUUAGCAUUACUCGCUGAGAAACAACAACAAGAAUUACAAGAGAAUGAGGGAGAGCCAAAAGUUGUGAAAAAAUCGGUGCCAGAAUUAAUAACAAUGAUUUUAUCAUCUCUUUUGCAAUUAUUAAAGGAUGAUAAAUUAGCUGGAAUGUUAAGUAUAAGAAAAGGCAAGACAUUGUUGCUGAGAUUUUUGCCAUUUCUUAAUGUGACUGAAUAUAAAAAUCAAUUAGCUGAAAUAUGGACUGGUUUAUUGCGUGGUUUGGUAAUUAUUGGUCGUCGAGAUUCAAGUUUAUUGAUAAACUUUUAUCCGGAAUUUCGAAAAUGGAUUCAAGCUAUCAAGAAUUUUUCAAUUCUCUCACAAUUAGCCAAGGCAUUUAUGGAAUCGGCGAAUCAACCGACAAAAACAAACAGUUUAGCAUUCGCUCUAACAAAUAAGUUUGGCAUUUCGAUAUUCGUUUUGCUAUUGGAACAGGCAGAAGUUACUUUUCCAAAUGACGAUCGUUAUGUUGAAGAAUGGUCGAAUUUCAUUGACACUGUUAUGAAAUUAAUUGGUGCUACCACUUGUAAUGUUGCACCGUACGUUCCAAUAAUUGCCUGUACAUUAUAUCAGCAUCUUAAUCGUUUUCGAAAAUUAGACACUGAAAAAUUCAGUUCACUGGAACGUUUAUUGACUCGUAUCGAUAUUUCACCAUAAUGACGCAUGCUUAUUAUUAAUAUUAAGUAUAUAACAAAUUUUUUUAAUAGAGUCUAGACAAAAAAAAAAUGACUUUAUAGAAUUUUCAAGUGCCCUUGAUAUCUUGGACGCGUAAAAUUGUAACAUAAAAAAAGAAAGAGCACGAAAGUCAGAUAUCAAAGUUUUGCACGGUUGUUAAAAAAAAAAAAAAUGAAAAAAAAGAAAAAAAAAUUCUAAAAAUAAAAAAAAAAGAAAAUGGUUCUCUCGUUGCAACUAAAGCAAAGAAAGUUUUUUUGUUCUAAUUUCUAAAGAGGCUGUGCUUGUUUUUUUUUUUUUUAUAUUUUCUUUUCGUCAACCAAGUUUUACAAUUUUUAUCGAUGAGGAAAUAUAAUACAAUUUUUUUUACAUUAUAUUAAUGAUAAUGACAAGGGUCAAUCUAUUUGAAAUAUAUGUACAUAAGUAAAACUGUAAAUAAAGAAAUGUAUGAUUGAUUCAUUUAUAAGAAUCAAAACUUGGUUAAAAGAUUCUCAAAGAAGACAAUUGCAAAAAAAAAAAGAAGAAUAUUUUUAAUUGAAAUUGAAUACCUAAGUAUUUCUUAUUGAAUUCUUAUAUUAAUUAUGAAAUUUAUAUAAACUUUGCUGUAAUUGCAACGAAAUUCUUAGAUUUUUUUUGCGGACAUUGCUCUAUUAAGAUAUAACUAGAGUAAUUUCGAUAUAAUAUCGAACGUGACUCAAUAAUAAUUAUUUUUAUUGUAAUAAGAAUUUUCCGUAUCUUUUUGCAAUAACAAUUCUUGUGUUUUUUGUCCCCCCCCCCCAAUUGCCCGGAAACUUAAUGCGCUAAAAUGGCCUUUAAUUAAGAUUGAUAGAAUAAUUAAUUUUUCACACACUUUUUUCCAUUAACUUUAUUACUUGUAUGUACGUGUAGCUUGUACAUAGUUACCAUUGUGCGAAUGGAUAAUUAUAUUUGUAAUUUGCCAAGUUUUUCGUAAUAUGAGAAACUACUCUAAAAGACUUAACUAAAAAGAAAAAAAAAAUUUAGAUUAUUUAAUCAUAAUUUUUUUUUUUUUUUUUUUUUUAAAUAAACUUUAGACCGCGAAAAUAAAUUUAAAUUUUCAAUGUUUUAUUUGUGUAAUUUAGAUUUUUCAUAAUUUUUAUUAUUAAAAAAAAAAAAUAAUUUAGAUAUUCUUUCAUUAUUUUUAUUCUAUACAUAAGUUUUUUUUUAAUAUACCUAACGGAUCUGAAAAUGAGAUCGGACUCUGUAAAUUGUAAGAAGACAUUUUUUUUCUAUUUUCAUUUCGAGUUUUUUUUUUUUUAUUUUUUGUUUAAUAUUAUGAUUUUUGCAUUGUAAUAGAUUUUUUUCAUUAGUUUAAUAUUUUCUUUUUUAUUUCAAUUUUCGAAAAGAGAGGAGAAAAAAAGCAAAAGUGAAGACCUGUAAACUGUUAUUUCUUUUAUCAAUUGUAACGAUUCUUUAUACAAUAUGCGAAUGUAAACAUAAUUAUACGAUAAAUAAUUUCGAAAAGAAGACAUUAUAUAUAUAUAUAUAUACAUCAAUUGUAAAAACUAUUUCAUUUCUUUCAUGUUGCAAGUUGAGAGAAAAAAAAAAAGAAUGGCUCCAAAUGGUUACGAUAUAUUCUUCUUACCAAUGUAACCGGACCUUACAAUCAAUAUUCGUCAAGGCUUAUUUAUUAUAGAAGAAAGCCUUUAAAUAUUGUCAGUAGAAUAUUUUUUCAUUUUUAAUAAUAAAUAAUAAUAUUAAUAAUAAUUAUAAUAUAUAUAUGUAUAAAUUAUGUAUUAUGUUAGUCUUUUAUCGACAACUUGCACCAAGUGAUGAAAUAGUUUAAACUUGAAUGACGAUAAUUUUUUUUUGUCCGGUUUGUUUUAAAAAAUAUAUUAUUUUGUCAGAAUAAUUUAUAUACAAAUAAGAUUGUGCACGCCUUGACUCGACCUAUUUAUCAAAUAUGUUUCAAAAAAUAAAAAUAGGCAGCUAGGCAAAUUUCUUUGAGAUUAAUGAAUUUUUGCGAUUUCCGUGAAAAAAAAACAAUAAACCGUCGACUCAGUUUUUAUUGCAAAUAAUUUGUAUAUCAUAAGAAAGAUGAAAAAAAACGCACAGUGUCAAAAAUCAGAAAUUGAUUUCAACUGUGCUCAAUUCAUUUAUAUUUUAAAAAACUUUAAUUUCAUUAUAAAAACAAUUUCUCAGAGGAAUUAUAAAUAUAUAUUAUAUAUAAAUAUAUACUUUGGCAUGUGUUUGAGAUUUAUUGUUCAAUAUUUUUGAACAUCAGAUUUGUUUUUAGAAAAAAUGUUAUAUUAAUCGAUCAGUAUCUGUGUGUGAGCGACAAUUGAUUUAAAAAGAAAAAAAAAAGAUGAUAAUAAAUAUGUACGGAAUUUAUGCUUUUUUGUGAAGAAGAAAAAAGCAUUGUGAAAAUUUCACUGUAUACUUAAAAAAAAAAAAUAAUAAUAAUAAGACCGUGCAGCGUCAUUGUCUUUACGAGUUGUCGAAAAUUGUUAAAUUGAAAAAUGUUGCGUUUACAUUUAGAGAUAUAUUUUUGUAGUUGUACAAGUUUUUUCUUUGCAUCAAACUAUAACGGACAUAUACAGUACAGUUAUAAAAAAAAAACUUUAAUAAUUAAUAUUCUACUUUAUAUAUAUAAAACUUUCAUUACUACGUUGUAUUUUCAACAUUUAUUGGAUAUUAUAUUUAGAGAUAGAGAAAAAAAAGAAGAAAUGGGGAUGAGAUAAUUGAAAAGAUUUUAUGCUAUAAUAUUGUACAUUAAUGAUGCUGCCGAAAAGAAAUAAGUAUAGAUAUUCUCAGUGUACAGAAGUCACCUAAUUUCAAAUCAAAGUCGAAAAUAAAUGUUUUGCAUCCAAUUAUAAAAA